CAGCGAAGGUCGAUGAUGAGGCGCCUGCUUCCUCCAGCUUCAUCCCCUCUCCACGCGCCGCAUCUCGCCUGGCCCGCGGCACUCCUCCUCACCUGCGCUGCUCUGCUGCUGCGUCACCGAAGCUGCCAGACGCUGUGCGGCAAGUGCGCCGGCGACGGCACCGAGCAGCGCCGGGCCCGCCUCCGCCUCGCCAGCUGCGCGCCCGUCACUCCUCCGCCGGCGCCGCAGCGUGGGCCGCCGUGAUCGUCUGACAGCACAGCCGCCCGCGUGUGCUCUUCGCUGCUGCCUCCUCUCACCACGCCUGCGCCUGGCACCAUGGCCGCCAAGGGCCACCGCCUGCUGCUGGCGCACCUCUUCCUGCCCGACACGCUGGCGUUCCAUGCGUGGGACGAGGACUCGGACGUGCUCAUCGAGAGCCCGGCGCCUGUCGACGGAGACAGCCCGGCAUCGCACAGCCCCGCCAGCGCGGCGCACCACCUGCCGCUGCACGAGCUGCCCGACCGCCUCGCCAGCGCCGCUGCUGCGCCGCGGCCGCGGCCCGAUCUCGCCGGCUCGUCCGAGGCAACGCCGCCGCACGCGGCGCCAGCCCCGGUGCAGCCGCAGCCGCGCUAUGGCAGCAGCGCCAUCGUCGACGACGACGACGAUGACGAUGCCGAUGCCGGGCCAGAGCUGCCGGCCAGCGGCGCCUCGCACCACCGCUCGCGUUCGGCGCGCAGCUCCUUCAACGACGGCGCCGGCGCCGUGCGCAAGUCCAUCAACAUGUCGUCGCUCAUCUCCGAGGCUGCAGCGGGCGGCUCGGCGUCGGAGAGUGCGUCGCCGAUGGGCGCGAGUCCGGCAGGAGGAGGAUUGGGAGCGGCUCGCGUGCCGUCGCCCGGCCCCGGCCACGCCAUCCUCGGCGUGCCACGCUCGCGCCGCUCCAGCCCGUCCGGCGGCUCGCGGCCAAGCAUCAGCGUGUUGGGCAUCGGCGCCAACUCCUCCUCGCCCCAGUCGCGUCCAGCCGCCGGUACAGCCUCUGACAUUCCCGUGGCUGUGGCGUCGGACCACGGCCGCGGCGCAUUCGACGCAGCUCCUGCGCAGGCGCCGCACGUCGCGCAUCCCGUGCCGAGCAUCGGAGUCACGGCCACCAGCCGGACAGGGUCCGGCUCGAGCAGCAGCACCAUCGGCGCCCUGCCCAAGAGCCGUCGCAGCAGCUUCGGAGCGCAGUCGCCCUUUGCUCCGCCGGCGUUUACCCAGAGCAGCGUGCCGGAGCCGGCCAAGUCAGGGACGAAGACGCCGGGCGCCCACGCCGGCGGCAAGGCUGGCACACUCACUCCGCUCAGCAUCAUUGGCGACCUGACGGCCAAGCAGUCGAGUAUCCCGCAGCACGUCGUGGCUACCCCUGGCGACCGCGAGAGGCAUCACCCCUUCGGCUCCGGCGCAGUCACGCCAAUGCACGGCACGCAGACGCCCGGCCACGCCGUGCGCACGCCCGGCCUGCCCGUGAAGCCCCACUCGGCGGGCACGGGCCCCCUCACCCGCCCUCCGCUGGGCCUCAGCAUGUCCACAAUGAGCGUGCCGAAGGUCAGCGCCGCAGGGCAGGCGAGUGGCGCCCCGGGCAUCACCUCUCUCACCCGCCCCAGCACUCCGCAUGGCAGCAAGCCGCAGCGCCCGCCGCUGGGGCCCAGCAAGCUGUCCACGAGCGGCGUGACGACAGCCCUGGCGACUGGCUCCAUCAACGACCACGGGCGCGGCGCAGACCUCGACACCGUGUCGCCUGUGCCCGGACCCGGACCGAUUACGCGCAUCGCUGCCAAGGCCGAGGGCCUGCAGAACUCAAGCGAGCCGCAGCGGAUCGGACGGAUAGCCCAGCGAGCCGGUGCCAAGGGCGGCCACACGCGCGGCCCGUCGUCCGGCGGCGCUGCCGUGCCGCCGCCUGCUGCCUCUUCGUCGUGGAACCGCAUCACCAACAAGUCUCGCGGACCCGCUCGGGGCAUGGCGCGACGCUCGUCCAUGGCACGCUCCUUGAAUCGCCGGCCGUCCACUGCCAGCAUCGAGGUGGGCGACGACUGUGCCGCGAGCUCUGCCUCAACGCCGGCGCAGAUGCCCGGCUUCGACUUCACAUCGAACCCUAGCGCCAACGGCGGCCUGGUCAACGCCGUCGACUCGGUGUCGCGUGAGCGUCUGCGUGCGGGCAAGGUAUACGUGGGCACGCCAGGCAUCUCGAUCGACGACUGGGCGGGCCCCUCCGAGCGCGCCCACAUUGCCGAGCGGCUGCGCAACGAGCGCCAGAGCGCCCCCGUCUGGGUCGAGGACGAGCUGUUCGAGGGCCACUACUCGCACUUUUGCAAGCAGGUUCUCUGGCCGACGUUCCACUACACGCUGCCGACGCAGCGCGGGCUCGACCAGGAGCACGAGGCGUUCGUCUGCUACCGCGAGGUCAACAGGCGUUUUGCAGACGCCAUCAUGGCCGAGUAUCGCGAGGGCGACAUCAUCUGGAUCAACGACUACCAUCUGCUGCUCGUGCCUCAGAUGGUCCGCGAGCGCCUGCCGUACGCCACCAUCGGGCUGUUCAUCCACAUCGCCUUUCCGUCGUCCGAGAUCUUCCGCUGCCUUUCCGUGCGCGAGGAGAUUCUGCGCGGCAUGCUUGGCGCGGACCUUAUAGGCUUCCAGACGCACAACUUCUGCCGCCACUUCCGCCAGACUGUCAGCCGCAUCCUGCAGCUCGAGGCGACCCCCAAGGGCAUUCAGAUGGACGGCCGUGGCGCGUUUGUGACCGUCAGCGCAUUCCCCAUCGGCAUCGAUGUGCGAGCGCUGAACCGCAAGCGCGCGGCGCCUGAGGUGCGCGAGUGGGUCGAGAAGCUACGCGAGCGAUACGAGGGCAAGCGUGUGAUUGUCGCACGCGACAAGCUCGACUGGAUCAAGGGCGUGCGACAGAAGCUUCUCGCCUUCGAGGUCUUCCUCGACGAACAUCCAGAGUGGGUCGGCAAGGUGGUGCUCAUUCAGAUCGCCCUCGCGACGACCGAAGAUAAUGAGGAGAUCGGCGCCGCGACGGACGUGGUCUCGCGCAUCAACAACAAGCACUCCUCGCUCACGUACCAGCCGGUGGUUUUCCUCCACGUGCAGGACAUCACGUUCUCGCAGUACCUCGCGCUGCUGACCGUCGCAGACUGCUUCCUCGCAUGCAGCUUGCGCGAAGGCAUGAAUCUGACGAGCCACGAAUACGUCGUGUGCCAGGAGGAGAAGCACUCGCCGCUCAUCCUGUCCGAAUUCACGGGCACGUACUCCGCGCUGCGGGCCUGCAUCGGCAUCAAUCCAUGGAACACGAAGCAGGUCGCGCACGCCAUCUUCAAGGCCGUCACAAUGCCCGAGGAAGAAGCAUCGGCGCGCUGGGAGGACUUGCACCGGGCCGUCGUGACGCAAACGAGCCAGCACUGGCUCACGAGUCUUGUGAGCCGCCUCGAGCGCGCGCAUUUGGAGCAGCAGCGCCGCGACAACUCCUUCAUCCCACGCUUGGAGGUCGCCUCGCUCGUCUCCGAGUGGCGCGCGGCCAAGAAGAGACUCAUCCUCCUGGACCUAGAAGACACGCUCCUCCCGGCGCCCGAACGAGAGCUCAGCAUCAACGAAGGCCUCGUCACGCUGCUGUCCGACUUGGCAAACGACCCGCGCAACCACGUCUACAUCCUCUCGGGCCGAGGCGCCGGCGACCUCGAGCGCCUCGGCGCGCUCGUGCCCUCGCUGGGCUUUGUCUCUGAGAACGGCUGUGCCGUCUCGUACGCGGGCGGACGACACGGCCAGCAGCGCCAGUGGCUCAGUCUUGUGGCCGGCUUCAACAUGAACUGGCGCGGCCCCGUGCGCGAGAUCCUGCAGUACUUCACCGACCGCACCGAAGGCAGCUUCCUCGAAGACAGAGGCUCGUCGAUGCUGUGGCGCUUCUGGUCGCGCUCUCAGGGCGACCCCAAGUCGCAGCAAGCUCUGUGGGCGCGGCGCCAGGCCGCAGAGGUGCAGAACAUCAUCUACGACUCGCUCGGCGAAAGGUGAGAAGGUGCUGCCAGGCUUCCAGCUGCAGCUG